CCCCCUCCCGCGCCCCAGGUGGCUCAGGGCGGGGAGGAGCCGCGCCCCGCCCCGCGCGGCCGCAGCCAACGCCGGCCCCAGGCGGGUGUGCUGGGAGCCUGGGCCGGGAGCCGGGUGAGGGCGCCGAGAGGCCCGGUGGGCGCGGGCGGCGAGAUUAUCGCGGAACACCUGCCCAUUAAUCUUGACCCUGUUAAAACAAUAACUGCCUGUCCAGGGUCUUGCUUUGUCACCCAGGAUGGAGUGGGCAGUGGCGUGAUCUCGGCUCAUUGCAACCUCUACCUCUCAAGAUCUGGUGAUCCACCUGCCUCAGCUUCCCGAGUAACUGGGACUACAGAAAGAGAGGAAAUUGUGAUUGGUUAAGGCAUCUGAGCCAGCCCUGGGUGUCAAGGCUGAUUACUCUGAGUGCAAACCUUUUCACUGUUACAGAGAGAAGCCUGACAACCACAUUCUCUUUCUCAAGGUUUUGAAAGAGUUGCAAAAUUUAUCAAAUGUAAAGUUGACUCAAGGAAUGGAACCGACAGAUAGGUGGUCCAGUGACUUUGGCUCAACGUGCCUCAGAACCACGGUUGAUUUAAGAAAUCCAGUGAUUCAGCACAGAGGAAACCAGCUAGCCGCAGGCACUGAGGGAAUGGGGUGCAGCCAGGCCAGCUCUGCCUGCUUGUCCUUCCUGAAUUCAAAAGGCCAUCGAGUGUUCUGCUAAAGCCCACCUGGCUAGUGCAGAGGCCUGACCAGUAGAAGGAGGUCAUUACUUACCUUUCAUCUGAUCAAAAACAAUGCAAUUUACUCGCAGGUCCUGGCCCUACACAACAGAUAUAAGAGUUUGGACUGCCCAGCACACAAGGUCAGCAUGCUGUUCCUCUGUCACACUCUCGCUAUAGCUGUUGUCCAGAUCGUUAUCUUCUCAGAAAGCUGGGCAUUUGCCAAGAACAUCAACUUCUAUAAUGUGAGGCCUCCACUCGACCCUACACCAUUUCCAAAUAGCUUCAAGUGCUUUACCUGUGAAAACGCAGGGGAUAAUUAUAACUGCAAUCGGUGGGCAGAAGACAAAUGGUGUCCACAAAAUACACAGUACUGUUUGACAGUUCAUCACUUCACCAGCCACGGAAAAAGCACAUCCAUCACCAAAAAGUGUGCCUCCAGAAGUGAAUGUCAUUUUGUCGGUUGCCACCACAGCCGAGAUUCUGAACAUACGGAGUGUAGGUCUUGCUGUGAAGGAAUGAUCUGCAAUGUAGAAUUACCCACCAAUCACACUAAUGCAGUGUUUGCCGUAAUGCAUGCUCAGAGAACAUCUGGCAGCAGUGCCCCCACACUCUACCUACCAGUGCUCGCCUGGGUCUUUGUGCUUCCAUUGCUGUGAUGCCACCAUUCCUAGGAGAGGCAGAGACCAGCCUCUAAAGCACAAGCCAAAAACUGUGUGAACGGUGAACUUUGGAGUGAAGAUCAAUCUUGCACUUGGUGAAGAGUGCUCAUUGGACCCUAAGGCAAAAGCCAGUGGUUUGCUUUGAUAAACUGUUCCCACAUGAGGCCACAGGACUGAGGAUGGGAAUUUGGUAGGGUCUGAGAAGAUGGUCUGACUUCCAGCCUUCCUGGUCAAAGAGAGCUACGUUUGGUCAGUUCUGCAGAGAGGAUCCUGGCAACUAGUCCCACCUGACUAGGCCUUUAGCUGAAAGGAUUUCUUGACCUCCUUGACUGCCUCAGAGGCUGCCAGGUCAAACCCUCUUGUUUAUGUGAUUAGCUCAGAGCAUCUCUAUGAAAUCUAACCCUUCCCCUCACGAGAAAGCAGUUUUCCCCACCAACAGUGUAGUCAAUGAGAAAGGCAACUGUGAGACGAAAACUUCCAGUUGAACUAAUGUGAAAUCUAUUUGCUAAUUGUGGGGGGGAAAUAAAGCUUUUAAAUUAUACAAUG